AUUUUACGUCUUGCCAAGGAAACCGUGUUAGGAGCUUCCCACAUGUUCAAGGAAACUAUGCACUACAUAUUUUCAUCCCAGUUCGGAUACCAUGUAUGGCAAGGAAGCAGCUGGCUUCAUAUAUGAAGAUAAUUUCAUCUCUUGUACCGGACCUUUAUGUUAUUGAUGUCGAUAUUGCGCUGAAUGAGUUGUGCAAAGAUGAUGAAAAGUUUGAACAAAUAAUUUUAGGCAGGGAAUUCCAUAUUAGUCUGGGGAGACCUGUUCCUAUUAAAGUUCAUCAAAUUGACUCAAUUUUGGCCAUGCUUCGUCAAAGGCUGCAGUUUCAGAGAGGAUAUUGGAUGGAAUUCAAUAAAUGGGAAGUUUUUGUCAAUGAUGAACUUACACGAUCGUUUCUUUCGUUGGAAGUUACUGGGGGAGGUUUAUUGGAGAUUACUAGGCAGAUUUGUAUUGUUGAUGAGAUCUACAGGUUGCAUGGUCUACCAGAAUUUUACAAGAAUCCAAGGCCCCAUAUAUCACUAGUAUGGGCAUUAGGUGAUGUAACCAACAAGCUGAAACCAGCAGCAGAAGAGCUAAACAAAUUCAGUAUCAGAAGAAGCUCAUGUAGAAGCCAUGUUUUUUCUUGCAAAUUCAGCGGUAUAGAAUGCAGAAUAGGUAAGAAGUUGUACACCAUCUGUAAAUUACCCGAUUAAUACGAAUUUGUGGCAGGAGAUCUGUAGCUGCUAAUGUACCCACAGUUUCACUGUACUGUUCUUAUGAUGGCUUG